AUGAACGCUCCUAGUGAGAUCUUGAACCACCAGAUUUUGAAGUUGAUUCAUCCUUUGCUCCUUGGAAGAAGCAUAGAUCGGGCCUCAAGAAAUACUGGCGCUAAGAAAAAGGUGGCGGAUCUGUCAAGAAACACCUGGAGUCAAUACAUCAUGGAAGUAGGCUUUCAUCCGUUCACCCUCCAUCAAGAAGACAAUCAAAACUCACCGGAAAACAGUGAUGAGUCGCCGCCCUCACCUCUGUUCUACGACACCAAGGCAGCAUCUACUUCCUCCCCUAAAAGAAGUAGACGAGGGACACAUAAAAGAGUGGUUCAAGUGCCGAUUAAAGACGUUGAAGGAUCUCGGCUUAAGGGUGAGACUAAUGCUCCGCCGUCUGAUUCUUGGGCUUGGAGAAAGUACGGCCAGAAACCCAUCAAAGGAUCUCCUUACCCUAGGGGCUAUUAUAGGUGUAGUAGUUCCAAAGGAUGUCCAGCAAGAAAACAAGUAGAAAGAAGCCGGACGGACCCUACAAUGGUGAUGGUGACAUAUUCAUGUGAACACAACCACCCAUGGCCGGCUUCUAGAAACCACAAUCACCAUCCCCACCACAACCCACCACCCGCGUCACCUCCAAGCGCCUCCACUCCAACCACUGAAGCAGAAACUUCCAAUACAGACGACCAACUGGAAGAAGAAACACCAAUUCUUAUUACACAAUCGGAAUCUGAUCAGCUUGAGCCUGAGCAGAAGUUCUCAAGUCUCGACGUUGGAUCAUGUGGACCAUUUACGGACCAAUAUGGGUGGUUCUCGGACUUGGACUCCACGUCAUCAACCAUGCUAGAAAGUCCUUUGAUGGAUAGGGAUGUAGUUGAAGACAGCGACAUGGCAAUGAUUUUUUCAAUUCGAGAAGAUGAAGAGUCGUUUUUUGCUGAUCUUGGUGAGUUACCGGAAUGCACGACGGUUUUCAGACGGAGAGAGAUAGAAAGGGUGGAGGAGCACCGCCGGAACUUGGCCCCAUGGUGUGGCAGCACUGGGUGAUGAUAAGACAAUCAAUAAGUAAUUAAAGAGAGAAAUGUCGCCUAACAAAAUUUGUCUUUACUGUGAGCAGGUAUUUUUGUAAAACUCCAAGAUUUGCAUACAGUGCGGCUAAAGAUACCAAAAGAAGCAAUUUUAAAAACUUCCUGAAUUUGAAUUUUUAUUUUAUUAUAGUUUUAGAUAUUCCAAGAUUUCAGUGUCAUGGAGAUAAAUAAAAAAUGGGGCAAUAUGUUUUAUUGGAGAGAAAUAUGUCUUGAUGUGGGUGUAAUUAAGCAAUCCUUGGCACUUUAACUAGAGAUGAAGAUAGAUGAACAGUUGCAAUUUAUUCAUUUUAAUUAUUUUAUUAGCAUGUGAUUGGGGU